AGAAAACAUGGCUGCUGCCAGUCCACCUUCUGGAGCGAGCGACAAUACUAACACUCCUUCUAAAAUAAUUACUUGUAAGCCAGAACUGGAUUUUUCCAAUCCUUGGAAAAUGAGUGAUCUAGUACUUGUUGUCGAAAACAAGCGAUUUCAUGUUCAUCGUACCAUUUUAUCGAUGUGUUCUCCUGUUUUCGACCGGAUGCUUUCCUCGGACUUCAAAGAGAAAACUGCAACUGAAAUUCCACUUCCUGGGAAGAAGGCGGACGAAAUAGAGGAACUCCUUCGUUCUAUUUACCCUUACGUUGAACAUCGAAUCUGUGAAGAAAACUCCUUUUCUUUGCUAGAGCUUUCAUGUGAAUACCAGCUGGAUAGACUGAAGGCUCGAUGUGAAAAGUACUUCAUGUAUAAGAGUAUGACUAAUGACGAAGCACUCGAAUUUGUCGUUAUGGCACAAAGACAUCAGCUUAGUAAUGAACUGAUUCAAAGGUGUAUGCAAAGGUUUGUUUCGCAGGAAACUAACUGGGAAACUCUUAAGAAAAAUGAAUUAUUUUCCCAGCUAGAGCCACGGUAUUCACAGCAACUUGUAGAGGAAAGAGUGAAGUACCUGGAGAAAAGGCUGACCUCGUGUAAGUCAACUAUUGAAGUUUUGAAGAUGAAGAAGAGUGACAAAGACGAUGAUGACCAUGGGCCUUGUUCCUAUCGAAGACAUUUUAUGAUGAGGAAACGGUUCAGAGAGCUUGAACACUCGAGUCCGUUUGACUAAGAGUCUCUACACUUCUGGAAUAAAAAGGGUGUUUGUGUGAUGAACUUAAUAUUUAAUUAUGACAUGUGAAAGAGGAGUAAGCACGAAAUUCAAGACUCCAGUUGAUAAAGUAUUGGACUCAUUGGUGUAUUCGGGCUUUCAAUUUUUUAAAUUAACAUUGUAGCAUUUUGAAUUCAACAUUUAGUCAAUAUUUGCAAAAAAUCUUAUUUGGUAAUUACUCUGGAACUGUUGAAUGUGGGUUACCUCAAACUAUCUCAUGUCCAACAUGUGCCAGUGAGACAGUUAAAUUAAUACAGUCAUACAAAAAAAGUAUCUCAAAAUUUGUUAUAAACAUCAAGUUACAAUGUUUCGUGAAUUACUUUUGCUAUCAAUGGUUUAUGAGCUUAGAUAUUUGUGUGCACUGUGGAAAUCUCAGAGAAGAACCAAAUUAUAUUCAUCUUAAGGAAACACUAGAUAAUGUUAGUUAGAGUUAGAGUAGGUAAAGCAAGACUUCAGCAUAAGUUUUAUCUGUCUACUGUAGAUACAAUAGAACCCAGCUAACUCUCAAGGGAAACAAGGAAGAGUUUGAGUCAGCUGAUUGUAAAUGAUGGAAAAAUGGGGUUAAGGGAAAUCACAUCUUUUUUGAGUUAGCUGGGGGUUUCAAGUUAACAAAGUUUGAGUUAAUAGGAGUUCUACUGUAGUCUUUUUUCAAUCAUCUUAACAAGGCAGAAAAUGUUAGUUUUCUCAAACCAGUAUGAGCAGUUAACUAAGGGGUGAAAAAUGGAAUGAAUCAUAGUAAAUUACUUAAUUUAAUAAUAACCCCUCCAUGGUAGAAAUCUAACAUCUGUCUUGGACCUAGCAUCAAACUAAGAAAAUAAGGAAGGUGAUUCAUUGAAAAUUGAUGUUUUUAAAAUCAGCCAAAAUUAAUAUUCUCUAACAUGCUGAUAUUUUCAUCUAAUGCCCCCUAAUUAAGAGAUCAAUUCUGCCCAAAAUUUAUCUAAAUUGCAGGAGCCAAAUAAAAUGUCAUGCUUUCAGGCAGUUAAUGUUAAAUGAACAGUUUAGUUGAUUGCUCUCAAACUCAAGGCUUGCCACUCCUAGACAUUAAUCACCACUGAAUGGGAGUCCUCUACCUCAAUCAAAUAAGAGACAAGAAGGAAGAAGAAAGAAGAGAGGCAUGCACUGGCACCAGUAGAGAAAUUCUGCAAUUCCUAAAUUUUUUCUUUACUCUUUGAUAAUUUGUUUGCUUAGUUGCCAGUUGGCAGCGAGGGGUGCAAAAAA